CUCGGUGUCGCGUCACCACCAGGUGAGAUCACUCUACGCCCCACCCCCUUCUCUACGUCUCUCCUCUCCGACUCGUCCGGGCGGAAACCCUAAAACCCCAAAUUCCUCAGAUUAUAGAUGGAGUACUGCUCGAGCGAGGACGAUGAGCUGAUCGAAGAUUUUGCGGAUCUCGAGGACGAUCCAACGCCCCCGGAUGCCGAUCAGGCCGGCGGCGGGGCUGCUUCUUCUCAGGGGCAUUUCGUCGACCGUGAUGCGGGCGGGACCGAUGUCAUCGCGACCGACGUCGACGUCGACGUCGACGUCAAGAACCAGGAUCCUUAUCUCCGCAUGGAAUUCGAAUCCGACGCGGCCGCUAGGGCCUUCUACAAUGCCUACGCAUCGCGCCUCGGCUUCGGCAUCCGUGUCGCCCGCUCCCGCAGCGAGCGGCGCAAGGGCGUCGAGGUCCUCGUCAUGAAGCGGUUCGUGUGUCUGAAGGAGGGCCACCACAAGAAAAAGGCUACAGAUUUGAGUGCCAGGAAGAAAAGGAAGCGCCUUUCCAUUCGCGACGGCUGCCCCGCCAUGAUGGAGGUGGUCCGGCGCGCGCCCGACCGGUGGGUCGUUACAAAAUUGGUAUUGGAUCACACUCAUGUCGUGGUUAGCCCCGAUAAGGUGAGGGAGAUUCAGCUCCGUCGCCUCUCGGGAAAGUACAGGGAGCACGAGAACUAUUUGAAAGAGAUGCGGCUUAGGAUGUUCGGAGAUGGGGAUGCACAGGUCCUGCUCGAUUAUUUUAAGAAAAUGCAGGCGGAAAAUCCCGGGUUUUUCUAUGCGAUUCAGGUGGAUGGUAGGAACUGUAUGGCCAACGCGGUUUGGGUUGAUGCCAAAGCCCGGAUUUCAUACACGUAUUUUGGGGAUGCCGUAACUUUCGACACGAGUUAUAAACAGAAUGAGAACAUGACGAUGCCGUUUGCUGCUUUUACCGGUGUGAAUCAUCAUGGACAGCCGGUUGUUUUCGGUUGUGCUUUGGUUGUUGAUAAGACAGAGUCUUCUUUUACUUGGUUGUUUGAGACUUGGCUUACCGCGAUGUUUAGAAGGCACCCGAUUUCGCUCACUACCGAUCAAGGCAAAGCUAUAGGAGCGGCAGUGGCAAAGGUGUUUCCUCAGACUCAUCACAGGCUAUGUAGGUGGAGAAUCUUAUCUAGAUGCAAGAAGAAGCUUUCUGAUCUCUAUUCUAGGUUUCCCACACUUCACGAAGAGUUAAAAAAAUGUGUUAAUGAGUGUGAUGGCAUCGAAAUGUUUGAGAUUUAUUGGAGGUCUGUUAUCGAUAAAUAUGAUCUUAGAGAGAAUGCUUGGUUGCAAUCACUAUACAGCAUGCGGAAUAAAUGGGUUCCUGCUUAUCUCACGGGCUCUUUCUUUGCAGAGCUAUCCACAACCCGGAAGUUAGAGAGUAUAAAUAGAUUUUACCGGAGCCACUUCAGUACGGAAGUCCAUUUUCAGACUUUCAUUGCUAAAUUCGAUCAAGAAAUGGAUAGUCGGUAUGCAGAAGAAGCCCAAAUGGACAAUACCGUUGUCCCGCCCAAACAGAUAUUGAAAACCGACACUGUGAUGGAAAAACAAGCGGCGAAUAUCUAUACACGGGCAGCAUUUGAAAAUUUCCAAGAAGAGCUGGUUGAAUCCCUUCACCACUAUCCGGUGAAGAUUCAGGAAGGGCAAUAUAGUAAAUUCUCAGUUGAAAGGGUCGAUGAUUCCUGUAAUAGGCAUGUUGUUUACUUCAAUGCGCAAGAAAAGAAAGCGUGGUGCAAUUGCUUUAAGUUUGCAUUCUCGGGGAUAUUAUGCAGGCAUGUGCUGGGAGUGUUCGUCCUGGCUGGUGUAAUUCUUCUUCCGGAUCAUUGCAUCUCAAGAAGAUGGACUAAAAAGGCAAAGAUUGGGCCCGAACCUGAUGGACGUGAUGAUGAAAACGAGAGUUAUUGUCAAAAUUCUCCAAUUUUGAGAUACAAUGAUCUUGUUCGUGAUGCCAUGAAGUGUGCAGAGAAGGGGGCAGUAUCUGCAGAUGCUUUCAAGGUUGCAAAAGACAUGCUGCGAAAAGCUUUUGCAGAAAUUGCUAGCUUUGAGGAGAAGCUAGCUAAAAGUGGGCAACAUCAGGUGAAAAAUACGUGAAAGAAAAAGUUCUGGAGGUAAUAACUGAUCGACAUAGAAGUGAUCUCAUAAAGUGAUAUUUUUUCAGGGUGAAUUUCGAAUUAGGGCUUUUGUUUGGUGAUUAAGGUUAUUAGCUGUUUGUAUGAUUGUAAAGAGCCAAUCGUGUUUAUUAGUAGUGUUAAUUCUGCAUAGCUGGAGUUAGGUAGUGUGAACAUACUAGCUAUUCAUGGCAUCAUGUUUAUUCAUUAACUGCUCCUGUAAAUAUCCAUAUUAGCCUAAUGAAUAUUGCUGUUUAUUCUAAGCUGUGCAUUUUGUGGUUGUU